AGAAAACUCAGAACAUUUGCCGAAACUCAGAACUCUAAAAUCAGCUCUGGCUUUAACUGUAGAACAGUCAGUGCACAUACAUUGGAAACAUUCUACGAACCACUUAACAAACAUGAUAAAGAAAAUGUCACCAACGGAGACUGACUUUGACAUACCUGCAAAGAACUGCUACAGGAUGGUAAUUUUGGGGUCCACGAAAGUUGGCAAAACGGCCAUCGUGUCCCGGUUUCUGAACGGAAGAUUUGAGGAGCAGUACACGCCGACGAUCGAGGACUUUCACAGGAAACUUUACAGCAUCAAGGGAGAUGUAUACCAACUGGACAUACUGGAUACUUCGGGCAACCACCCAUUCCCCGCUAUGAGGAGAUUAUCUAUACUGACAGGUGACGUGUUCAUUCUGGUCUUCAGUCUGGACAACCGCGACUCCUUUCAAGAGGUCCAGCGACUCAAACGCCAGAUCUUUGAAACCAAGUCAUGCCUGAAAAAUAAGACAAAAGAGAACAUUGACGUGCCUCUGGUCAUCUGCGGAAACAAGGGAGACCGGGAAUUCUAUCGGGAGGUUCAGCGCGAAGAGAUUGAGCAGCUGGUGGCAGGUGAUGAACAAUGCGCUUACUUCGAGAUCUCAGCUAAGCGCAACACAAACAUUGAUCAGAUGUUCCAGACGCUGUUCACCAUGGCCAAGCUGCCGCACGAGAUGAGCCCGGACCUCCAUCGGAAGGUUUCGGUGCAGUACUGUGACAUGCUGCACAGAAAGUCACUGAAAAAAAACAAACAAAAGGACAGUGGAGACGCGUACGGCAUCGUUGCGCCAUUUGCCCGGCGCCCGAGCGUCCACAGCGACUUGUUGUACAUAAAGGAGAAGGCAAUGGGUGGUGGGCAGGGGAAGGAUAAAGAGAGGUGUGUGAUAAACUAAGAGUGUUAGGUAAAACAACCUGUGGAAAACACCAGUGAAAUGAGACAAUUGCAGUAUGCUUCGAUUGUCAGGCAACAACUGACUCAGCUGUAGCCAUCAAAGUUGAACUGUCUCCAGGCGGUCCAUGAUGGGACACUUGACGGAUGCCGCGAUCCACUCUACAUGGGCUUUGGUGCAAGGAUGUCUUUAGGACACCUAUCAGACAUGGGAGGUCACGUAAGAACAUUGUUUUGUUCUGUUGAGUCAGAGUGUGAUGUGGCUUCAAAUCUUGUGAUAUACUUCUGAGUUGCAGUACACCACUGCGUAAAAUGUAUUGCUUUCACAUCUGGCUUUUAACAGUAUGUCAGAAGAUAGGGCUACUCCUGUACGAAAUGCUAUGCAUGCUACAGUAGCCAGUUGUUUACAUAGUACCAUGGUCUGGGUGAAUACUCGAUUCUGAUUUUCGGAUUUCUUUUUCUGAUUUUCUCCGCUGCGCGUCGGGCGGUUCACGCCUCCCCAUCGUCCAUUAUCAGGUGAUAAUGUACACCUCGUCGGGCAUUAUCCCUUACUUAUAGAUUUUAUAACAAAUAAUUAAACUUGAAUGUUUGCAUCUGAACAACAUUUUGUACUGUGCAUGUAUAUUUAUUCUCAUGUUUCGUCUACUUUUGCAAAGAAAAAAAGAGAACUGAAAAAAUAAAUUCAAAUUCUGU